UGACAAGUUCCAUCUUUAACUUUUGAGCUGUCAUUUGUGAGCGUUACAGUUAUUUUCAGACCUCAAUGGUUGCUACAAAUCAGCACCCUCAGCCAAAACGGCACCAUACCAAUGCCUUUUUAUUUUAUAGUCAUGAACAGUUGAAGCACAAUAAAGAAGGAAACCAUCGACUAAACAAGGGGGUCAUGAAGAAUAUUGGGGAUAGGUGGAAGUUGCUCUCACAGGAUGAGAAACAGAAGUUCUUGGAUAUGGAACAGACGAGCUCGGCGCAAUAUUUUUUAGACAAGGCUGGACUACCAAAAAAAGCUCGACAGAGGAGAAUCCAAACAAGAAUUUCUCUGGGAUCAAUUGUGCUAAUAGUCAAUAAAUUGAACGAACAACAACGACAGGCAGUGACCGCAAUUGGAUUGGGAGGUUUGUUGGGGUUAAGGUGCACACGACUAAAUCUUGAGUUGUGCGAAUUCCUUGUUCAUAACUUCAAUCACAAAUCUUGUUCUUUGGAUGUACAUGAUCGUCAAAUUAACCUCACAUUGAAAGACGUUAGUGAUAUAUUGGGAGUACAAUCCAACGGCUGUGACAUUGACGUACGGGGAUCUCUUGAAGGAAUGGAGAGUUUGCAUGAAAGUGUUGGAGUGGUCAAUGGGGUAAUUCCUUUAGAUGGAUUUAGAAAGUAUCUCGAAGACGAAAAGACCGUUGAUGCUGGAGAUGAGUUCAAGCGGAAAUUCGCUUUAUAUGCAUUAGGUGCACUUUUAUGCCCAACCACGAAAGUAUCCCUGAAUGUUUCUUCCCUUCAUUUCGUGAAGGAUGUUGAAGUCAUGAAGAAUUGCAAUUGGGGGAAAUUAACAUUGCACUCCCUAGUCUGCGGCAUCAACAUUUACCAAGACGGAAAAAGGGUUAAUAUCAGUGGAUGUUUGUUUCUCCUAUUGUUGUUUUACUUGGAUAAUGUUUCUCCAACUUUCGAGAGUACAUAUGCUACUACGCGAUCGAUUCCCCGCCUGAAUGAUUGGGGUGAUUCACAACUCAAAAAGACCUUUCAACUAUUUCGAAAGUUGGGGGGAUUCCAUAAUGAGGUGAAGGUUACUUUCAGUAAGCUGAAUCAAAUGAACGAUCAUCAUGUCGAUGUGGUAAAAACUGAAAUUUAUGACGACAUGCGCCACGAUAUUGGUGAGCUGAAGCAUACGAUGCUCUCGAUGAAAGAGAAAAUCAUGAUUUGGGAACAAAAGGCCAAUGCACCCGGGAAUGGGGUAGAGACACGUCAACAAAUUGGCGAGCUUAAAGAUGUAGUGUAUAACUUACAAGAGGUGAUCAUGAAGCACAUAGUGCGUCCAGAUCAAUUGGCCGCUGCAAAUGGGCUUGAUUGUUUCAAUUCAGUGGUGGGAAAAAUGAAUGAUGGUGAGGGGGUGAAGGCAGCAAAUAAAAUAGGUGCGACUACAGAAACAAAGAUUGCCCACGAUCUCAUGUCAGAAAAAAAUAAUGGGGAAGGUGAGAAAUCACCAUUACCGGGCCCGAAGAGAAAGGGAGAGAGACUUACUGUCACGCUGGCGAAGGACGUCCGAGUGCGUGGUCGUCGAACCAGAACGAGCAGUGGAAGGGACAGAGAAUCAGAGACAAUAGUCCUGCGAAAUCACGACGGAUUGAGAUGCGGGAGGAUUGCGGAGGAAAUCAUUCGAGUGAGGUCUUCGAAUGGUUUAAAAUUAUGGAGGUCUUCGAAUUGCGGAGGAAAUCGUCAGAGGAAAUCGUCAGUGGGAGGGAGAGAGAGCCUGUGA